CGCACCCGCCCCCUCCCAGUCAAUCCUGCCACUCUAGUUGCAGCCCCCCUCCCUUCGGCGGCUCCCGUGUUCCACGUCUCCGCCUGGGGUCGUGUAAGGAGGUCUCAGUGGAGUACCCCAAGGAUCUGUAGUUGGCCCUGUGUGAUUUAACAUUUUUACCAAUGGCUUUGAUAAAGGCCCCAUGGAAGUAAGAAAACAGUAAAAGACUGAGGUCUCUAUCCUGGGGGAGUUUACAAUCUAAUUGGGGAGACAGAUCAUACCUCGGAAAGAGAACACUUAACAAAAGAAUACAUACAGAUUGUGUUUCUGACUUUUCAGACUUCAACAUCAUGACUCAUCUGUUGUCUCACCCUGGAAUAUCAGCCCCUGGGGCCUCCUGACUUUCUUCCUCUUCUGGCUGUACUUCUGAUUUUCCAGAGAAACACCAUGUCUUCACACUGGUUACCUUCAACACCCACUUUCCAUCCCUUUUGUGUAUUGUCUUCCUCCAUUAGAUUGUAAAUAACUUAAGAGCAGAUUGUCUUUCUGUUUGCUUGUAUUUGUUUCUCAGCAUAUUCACACUUCCUGCCACAUAAAAAAAACUUGCAGAAGAAACCAAGGACUCUACCAUCUGGAAUUUAAACCCUCCUUCAAUGUCCACUGGGUCCACCAGGCCAUCCAGGUGUUCUGCAGCUGCCUGAACUCAUCUUACAGGGAGCGGCACCCCAAGCAGAUGUGAGCACUGCCUCACAGCUCAAACAACAUGUUUGUUAUUCCCAUGAUUGCAUAGCUGAGUCAUUUUCCAAGUGACCAUGCUACAGAAACUGUAGAAGAACUUGGGACAACAACCCUUGGGACUGUAUGCCUUGUUAAAAAGAGAGAAGGAAGAAAAAACUAGCUUUUUUCAGUGGACCCCAGAUGUAAACAUCGAAAGUCAGUGUAAUGUCUACAUUCAGCUGUCUGGUGAGUGAUAAGGUUCACUGACAGGAGGAGUAAGGCCAUCUUGUGAGCUGCAAGCUUCCUAACUCCUCAACACCCAGAAUCACAGUCUGUUAACUUCAUUCUUGGUGUUGCUACCACCCAAAGAGAGACAUUUUUUGGUGUGUGCUGCUCCUAAUUCUCCUCUGCCUCCUGAGCGGCUUCCUUGUAAUUAAGGCAAGUAGAAGAUAGCUGAAGGCAAGGUUUGGAGUGGUGUCGCCUCUUUCACUGCCCCAGAUUACAGCAAUCCAGCCUCUUAAGACCAUGGGGGGACUCCUCCUGAAAGUUUUGCUGCUGGGUGCAAGUUUAACAGGAUUUCUUUACUCCUUUGUGGAUUUUUGUUUCUAUGGGAAGACAGUCCUCAAGAGGCCUAAUUUUGUAAUCAUUUUGGCUGAUGAUGUGGGAUGGGGUGAUUUGGGGGCAAAUUGGGCAGAAACAAAGGAUACUCCACAACUGGAUAAGAUGGCUUCAGAAGGGAUGAGGUUUGUGGAUUUUCAUGCUCCGGCCUCUACCUGCUCCCCGUCCCGGGCCAGCCUGCUUACUGGAAGGCUCGGGGUGCGAAAUGGAGUUACACACAACUUUGCCAUCAGCUCAGUGGGAGGCCUGCCACUUAAUGAGACCACCUUAGCCCAAGUGCUCCAAGAGGCUGGUUACAUCACAGGAAUGAUAGGCAAGUGGCAUCUUGGACACCAUGGCCUCUACCAACCUAAUUUCCGUGGCUUCAGUUACUAUUUUGGAAUUCCUUAUAGCCAUGACAUGGGCUGUAGCGACACCCCUGGCUACAAUCACCCACCCUGCCCGGCCUGCCCACCUGCAUCGGCUGUAUCACGAAGCAGCCCUGGGAAAAACUGUUACUCUGAUGUGGGCCUUCCUUUGUAUGAGAACCUCAUCAUUGUGGAGCAGCCGGUGAACCUCACAAGUCUUGCAGAAAAGUUUGCAGAGAAAGCCACACAGUUCAUCCAGCAGGCAAGUGAUAGUGGUCGACCUUUCUUUCUGUACCUUGCCCUGACUCACAUGCAUGUUCCCUUGACUGUGACUCAUUGGUCAGCAGACUUAUCAGGUCAAAGGCUGUACAGGGAAAGCUUACGGGAGAUGGACAACUUGGUCGGCAGGAUUAAGGACAAAGUUGACAGCACAGUGAAAGAAAACACAUUCCUUUGGUUCACAGGGGACAAUGGCCCAUGGUCUCAGAAGUGUGAGCUGGCAGGAAAUGUGGGACCCUUCACUGGACUAUGGCAAACUAAAAGAGGUGGAAGCCCAACUAAGCAGACCACGUGGGAAGGAGGGCACCGUGUACCCGCUUUAGCUUAUUGGCCCAACAGAGUGCCAGCCAAUGUUACCAGCACUGCUUUGUUAAGUGUGCUUGACAUCUUUCCAACUAUAGCAUCUUUGGCCAAGGUGAACCUGCCCCCAAAACGACAUUUUGAUGGUCUGGACAUAUCAGAAGUUCUCUUUGGACACUCCCACACUGGGCAUAGGGUGCUAUUUCACCCGAACAGUGGGGCAGCUGGAAGUUAUGGUGCCCUACAGACAGUUCGUCUAGGGCAGUAUAAGGCCUUUUACAUCACUGGUGGUGCAGAAGCCUGUGAUGGGAGCCUUGGACCUGAACGGCAUCACAGACUUCCUCUUAUUUUUAAUCUACAAGAGGACCCUGAAGAAUGUGCACCUUUAGAUAGCAGUAGUGCUGUCUACCAGGACAUAUUGCCUAAAGUCACAGGGGUUCUUGUUGACAUUCUUCAGGAUAUCUCAGGUGAUAACACUUCAGUAGCAGAUUAUUCUCAUGAUCCUUCAGUGAUCCCCUGUUGCAAUGUACUCGAGAUAGCUUGCCGAUGCCAGCUUCCCCUGUAAUUAGCCUCAGUGUUUCAGCCGGGGGAAAGACAGGGAAAAAAAGAAAUCAUAUGGGCUUCCUGAUUUUAGUUUUCUGAGAUUUUCAAUUUUCUAGUCAUUAUAGUUUUCAAAACAAAACCUGGGGUCUUGUUUCAAAACCACCAUUUAGCAUAUUACAUAUGCUGUCCUUUUUUUUUUUUUCAUGCCAGAUUUAGAAUAAACUAAUUCAGGAAAACAGCUGUUCUGGGCAGAGAGUUGACUCUGCAGAGAUUAGAAUAGUGCCUUCUAGUUCCAAUGGCUAAUUCAUACUAGAUUCAUCCCAAUUGGUAUGUAGUCAGGAUAAAAAAAAAUCAGAAUAAUUGCUGGAGUAUGAGGCCAGAAGUAUUCAUUCAUUCAGAUCCUUCAAUGGUCAAGAUUCUCUGUAGUUUUUAGUUUUUUAAUAUGUUUUUAUUUAUUUCAUUAAAUAUUUCUCAAUU